UCCGGGGAGGAGGCGGCGUACAGGGCAAGGCUCAGGUACCAAGCCCUCCUCCAGGAUUACCAGGAGCUCGUCAAGGAAGCCCAAGCAAAGAAGAGGAGGCUGCACAUGGAGAGGCUCAGCAAGCAGAGGCUUCUGGCUGAAGUCAAAUUCUUGCGGAAGAGAUACAAAUCCAUGUCUGAAAACCCAUCUCAGACAAUUGUGUGUAGAGUGAGGAAUCCAGCAAUGCGGCCUGCAUCUCGGACUGCUGCUGCUUGGGCUGAUGACGCUCAGCACCGGUCGGUUCAAGCAAUUGGGAGUUCGAGCAGGAGCCAGCCGGUGCACUGGAGACAAGAUGGUUCUCCAACGGCAUCUCAAGCCAUUGGGAGUUCCAGCAGAAGCCAGCCGGUGCACUGGAAACAAGAUGGUUCUCCAAGGGUGUCUCCGGUGAUUGACCUCAAUGAGGCCUGUGAGCCGAGCUAUCACCAAAAUGUUAUGGUUGGUUCUGAUGUGGAGGGCUAAUGAUUCUCUGAGAGAUGUAGCUGAGGCAAGAGUCGUAUCUACUGCUCUUGUAGAAUGUAGAGUUGAAGAAAUGCGUAAGCUUACUCUGCUGACAUGGUAAACAUAAAGUUCAAGAAAGAGGGGAGAAACGAUUGUUAGCAUCUUGGUUAGCUGUUUUGAAUUUCCUUUGCACAUGUUAUUUUCCAUGUGUAUCGUUCAUAUAAUUUAGUAAUGGUAUCAACUGUAUGCAUGGGUGUAAAGUGUUUGGUAGUGUGAUGUCAAUAGAAUGAUUGAUUCGUGCA